AAAACAGUCCUGAAAAUAAACCUCAGCUGUGCUACAAAAAUGAAUGUGGCUCUCGUGGUCUUCGCAAUGCUUCUCGCUGUAAUUUUCAACGCCUGCGAUGGCGCCGCCAAAGGUGUCAGAGCAAAAGGCGUAGAACACAAAACAAAGCUACAUCGUAAGAUUUUCCAUCAUCCGCAUCAUUACCACCACCACCAUUACCACCCCCACCACCCACAUCAUCAUCAUCAUUAUCACGGUCAUCAUCGUCAUCAUUUACACUACCACCAUCAUCACCCUCACCAUCACCAUGACAACAGACCAAAGCAUCACUAUCAUUACCACCGACAUUAUCAUCACCAUCACAACCCAUUGCAUCACCAUUUCCACCAACACAACCAUUUCCACAAAAACCCUGUUCAUCAUUAUCAUCAUAAACACUCCUUCCAGCCUCAUCACGGUUCGGACAAGCAUCACCAAAGUCACCGUCGAAGCGAUAUCUUCCAUGUUUCUGGUGUCUUACCUACUAAGCUGAAACUACACGUGCAAGUUAAAGAUAUGCAAGCGACAAAGCGACAGUCUUUGCCCAAUUUGUUGGCCAACCUUGGCCAGCAUCUGAUGAACCUGGGAAGCAGUUUGUCACCAAGAAAAUCGCAGAUGGAAACUCCUUCCCCUUUGAAUGAAACCCAUGAUGAUAAAGUUGGAAAUGAAAUAUCGGAAACAACUUCAACUGAAGGCAAUAAUUUCAUAGAAGAUUCAUCAUCAACACCAGCUGCUGCUCCGGAGGGCUCGCGGAAAAGUGUUUUGUCAGUAACUAACGCUGAAGCUCUCUUACACAAAGCCCUCGACGCAGCGAGCAGUGAUCAUAACAAGGAGAGUGGUUUCUCUGGAAAUGGUGAAGCAAACACAUCAGAUGCUACUUCCACAAAAGACCUCAACAGUGACGAAGGAAAAAAGGCAGACAGAAGAAAUGAAACCUAUUCGGAGCACGAGAUGUAUGGUCCUAUAGAGAAACAAGAACACGAAGUAUCUAAUGAUACCAUCGAGGACUCUGAUGAACAACGACUUCAUGAGAUAGACGAUAUGAAUAACAAAUAUCAGCUUAAAGACCGACAAGCUAGCACAAAGAGAGAGGACAAGCUUCUCGUACAGGGGACCGAUCCAAAGAAUGCCGCAUCCAAGAAAGACAUUUUAACAGACGAUGAAAACACUAUCUCCCUAAGAAAAAAGGAAAAAACUUUUGAAAAUGGCAUUGACAAUGCAUCAUUACGCCUGGAUAGUGCAUCGUUACCUGAGGAACCCAAAAGCUUGGACAGGAACUCAACAAUGGACGAAAAUGACCGUCACAUUGUCGAGGUUGCUCCUGAAUCUUAUGCAACGUUGACAGAAUCAAAUCAAUCAGCCACUACACCAGAGAGUGAUAGUCGAGACAUCAAAGAAGAGAAAGAAGAGAAUAUUGAAACGUCAGGGAGUGGAGACGAUUCCCUCGAUGAUGUGCGAAACAAUGAAGAUGCCAGUGAAGACGAUUACAAAGAAUUUGAAGAAGAAAGUGGCUCGGGAGAAGAACCUACUGAAGUUAAAAUCGUUGAUGUAAGUGAAAGAAAGACAUCCGUAAAGGACACUACGAUGCACUCUGAUUUUAGCGGAUCGAAUGAAGGUGUUAAAGAGCCCUCGGAUCAGCCCGCGGUGGUGAAUGUUGCAGGAAAUCAAACUAUGGGAAACCAGAGCGAAGAGGCAUUUUAUUCAGACUCGACAGAGUCUAUCGAACCAAAGAAUGAGAGUCACACAAGCCAAUCUCUAAGUGGUAAUGAUUCAGAGAAGGCAAUAUUUUCAGUAAGUAGUGCUGUAAAAGAUGCAACGAUUUAUGAUAGCAACCCUCGGGAGAACCUGGAUUCCGGUGAAGCCCCGCCAAACAAACAAAGUCAACCGGCAUCGUACGGAAUAGAUAAUGGAUCACGAGCAGCCAGCUUUACUCAGGGAUCUCUAGAACAAACUGAACAAACACAGGCCAUAAAUUCACAGAACGACCAAAAUGGAAUUUCAGAUGAACCUAAGACUCCGGCUGUCAUAGAUGGCCCUGCAGAGCCUCCUCUGACCAAUAUUGCUUAUCCAACAGUGGUGAAUGUAGAUGGAUCUCAAUUAAAUGAUUAUCACGAGGAUGCGUCCCAAGAUAUAAGUCUCGAAGAUAAUUCGGAUGAGAUUCCCGUCUACACCUUAUCGUCGCCAGUAGGUGACGAUUCACUGGCAGAGGAUGAAACCACCUUGUCGUCGAUGCCUGCGUCUUCCGUUAACACGGCGUCAGCUGACAUCAGUGACUCAGGGGCAACUAUGUCCCCAGGGUAUUCAGAAUCAUCGCUGUCAUCUGAGGGAUACAGUACGUUUCCCACUGCAACUGCACCAUCUGAAUUCGCAAACAGCACUUUAGCAGAAGAAGGUGGUUUUCAAAGAGACAUGCUUGAUGACCCAGUACAGGAGUCUCUAGAAACAGUUGUUGAUAGCAAAUCGAGCUAAAAGCAAGUGAUGAGCAAAGUGGCAUGAAAUUACAUUGGUAACAUUACAAGCAAAUUUUUUCUGCCAAAAAGAAACUUUCCUACAAGGUUCUGAUUAACAUUUCCUGAUAUCAUUGCCCGACAGGGACAAGAUUUUUUAAAAGCUGUUGUUUACCGCUCUUCAUGACUAAUUGUUAUUUAAUUCUAAGUCCACCAUUGUAAUUUUAUAUUCAUUUUGAUAAUGUAGUCGGUAAGUGAUCUCUUUGGAGGAUUGGUUCUGAGAACUGUAUAGAGUAAGAAAAACGUAGAACCACAAAGAGGUAUUUUGUUCCGUUUUGCUCCGUUAUAGUUUUGUCAUUUCUUCAUACUUUGAAGCAAAAAAAAAAACGUUUCUUCGUAGGGUUUUCCAUAGCAAACAUAGGUACUAUACGGUUAUGUAACUAUACAGGCUGACUACUUUGUUUCUGCUGGUGAAGUACAUGUUAAACUGUAAGGUUACUUUACGUUUGAAAGUUGUACUUACCUAGAGACUUAUGUAUAUACAUCGCUAUAUAAUCUUAGGCGUAAUUGAUAUGUUACUUGUUUAGGGAUAUAUCUUUAACUGCAUCAGUUUAGCCAGCUACUGUAUAGAAUA